AUGAGCGGUUCCAGAGCAUAUACCUCUCGGGAGGCGACAGAAGCACCAGGAUUCUUACGAUAUCUUUUGGAAGAAGGAUAUUCCCACAAAGAAGUGGAAGAUGAGUACAACUGGACUUUCAUCUCAAACUAUCCUCGGAAAGCUAGGCGUCUCAUCGAAAAUUUUCCGACUGGUCUGAAAAGAAAGCGGUAUCUCACUGCGCCUCAACCUCAGGGUCAAGCUAAGAAGCCUAAGCGUCUACAAUCCGGUAUCACAACCAUGCCUUUAUUGACAUUCCUACGAGAUAUCACUAACUGA